CACUAUCUCUUUGGUCUCUUUGAGAGGAGAAAAUUUCUUGAAAAUUAAGGCAAGGAGGAGAAAACAGAUCUGCGAAGAGGUUUCAAAUCUUCCUUCUUUGCUGAACCCAAGAUCUGUGGUGAGUGAUUCCCAACCCUAGGAGUUCUUAUUUUCUAUCUGUUUAUCUUUAUCGACUUCGUUUUUUUUAAGAGAUCAAAUCGUAGAAACUGAAAUUAGGGGAAAAAUCCUGUAAAGCAAGUUCCAUGAAAGAAGCGGGUUCAACAGAGCCCAUAGGGCAAAAUCUAAUCAAACUCGUUAGCAAUGUCUGCUUCUCUGUCUUUGUGUUCUCUGUUCUUGUAUUUACUGUUAUUGCCAUCACCUACCAACCUCCCGACCCCUGGCUUGAAUCCUCCAAAGCCCUCACUAAGGUUUUCACCCAAGUAGAGAAUGCCACCUUCAAAACCGACAAUUCGGUACUUAAAACCGGAGAAGAUCUGAUCGAAUUCGGCCGUGCUGUCUCUCCUGCCGCCGGUGAUCCCAUUACCGCAGUUACCAUUGAGAAAUCUGAAGAGAAAAUUGUUAAUUCCAGCUCGACUUUGGUCUGCGACGAUACCUUGAAGCAAGUUAAUUGUUCGGAUCCGCGUGUUCUCAUUGCAAUUGAGAAGUUCAAUCUCAAGGUGUUUAAGUCGAUCGUAUUCUUAGAGUAUCAAACCCCUGUGAGUGGAUCAAAACCGAACGAGUGUGACGUGGCAUGGAGAUUUCGGAACAAAAAGGAGAAGUCUUGGCGGAAAUAUAGAGAUUUCAGGAGGUUUAGGCUUGCCAUUGGAGAGAAUUGCAAGUAUCAGGUCACUGGUGCUAGCGGUUGGCACUCGGGAACUAAUGCUAGGCGGCCAAGAGGUAAGAUUUCGGGUUCUUCUUCUUCGAGGAGUAGCAGAGCUCCAAGGGUUUCGCCACCUGUACGUGAUGAGGAGAUCAAUGAUACGAUACCCACCAUUGGAUCUGAGACAGAUUUCAGAAAGGGGAGGUAUUUGUACUACUCUCGUGGAGGUGAUUACUGCAAAGACAUGAACCAUUACUUGUGGAGUUUCUUGUGUGGUCUUGGCGAGGCACAAUAUCUGAACAGAACAUUGGUGAUGGAUCUGAGCAUUUGCUUGGCUGCAACUUAUAAUCCAAGUACUAAGGAUGAGGAGGGAAAGGAUUUCCGCUACUACUUUGAUUUCGAGCAUCUCAAGGAAGUGGCAUCUAUUGUUGAAGAGGGAGAAUUUCUAAGGGAUUGGAAGAAAUGGGAUAAGUCCCAUAAGAAGAAGAUACCUGUCAGGAAGGUUGCAAGCUAUAAGAUUUCACCUAUGCAGCUUAGGAAAGAAAAGAGCACAACCAUAUGGAGGCAAUUUGAUGGGCCUGAGCCGGAGAAUUACUGGUAUAGAGUCUGUGAAGGCCAAGCUGCAAAGUAUGUGCAGAGACCGUGGCGUGCUCUUUGGAAGUCAAAGAGGCUGAUGAAUAUAGUUUCUGAGAUUAGUGGUCGGAUGGACUGGGAUUUUGAUGCAGUUCAUGUGGUACGAGGAGAAAAAGCACAGAACAAAGAGCUCUGGCCCCAUUUAGAUGGUGACACGUCUCCAGAUGCCCUUGAUGAGAAGCUUCAAGGGAUGAUUCACCCAUGGCGCAACCUGUAUGUUGCCACCAAUGAGCCAUUCUAUAAUUAUUUUGACAAGUUGAGGUCUCACUACAAGGUUCAUUUACUUGAUGAUUACAAGGAAUUGUGGGGAAACACCAGUGAUUGGUAUAAUGAGACCAAACUCUUGAAUGAUGGGCACCCGGUUGAAUUUGAUGGUUAUAUGAGAGUUGCUGUCGAUACUGAGGUCCUGUACAGGGCGAAGACUCGAGUGGAGACAUUUUAUAACUUGACAAAGGAUUGCAAGGAUGGCAUUAAUACAUGCUAAACCAGGUUGAGGACAAACCACAGCACGAAAUCCAUAUAUAGAGAGAGAGAAAGGGAUUGUAGUAAAAAGACAUAUUAGUCAGUUGGUUGAGACCUUUUUUCUGUUUGUUUAUCAGGUUAUUGGGCGAAAAAUACUGAGCGCCUUUUUUCUUUCUUGUUAUAUUUACUUGCUUUUAUUUCUUGUAUUAAUUUGUCUUUCAGCAAUUGGAUAAAGUUCAUUUAUGUAC